AUGUUAGAAGUGGAAUUCAAUGAUCAGCCAUUGACUCUGUAUUUUCAAUUUGAGAAGUUGCCGAUCAUGUAUUUUUUCUGCGGCAGAAUUUGUCAUGUUACGAAGGAAUGUGAUGAAAGACUGCUUAAAGGAAUUGGUCUGAACAAGGAAGAUAGAUGGGGGACAUGGCUCAUAUUUGAGGACAACCAAAAAUCUACUCCGGCGGCCAGCCGUCUCAAGCCCAGUCUCGAGCAAAGAUUCCAGCUCGAACACUCAAACCCUGACCCUGAAACCGCAACUAUCAGCGACCAAAUCACACCAAUAUCCCCCCAAAUUCGUUCAAACCUAACAACCCAAUCUCAACAGCCUACCCUAAAUGUGACUGCACCAAAUCUUACCCAAAAAGAUCCCCAACCGAAUCCAGACUCUCAACUCCCUAUUUCCCAGGCUGAAAACAUGAUCUCCAAACACAUGCAGAUUGACCUUCCACCCACCAAUACCCCUAACCCAAAAACCAGUGAAAAGAAAUGCCUUAACAACCUAGUCCCAACUACACCAAAUUCACCUCAACCAACUACCUCAAAGCCAGCACAAACCCAAGAACCACCUCCACAAAAUCAAUCUCCAAUAACCGUGAACCCUAACCAGGAGAACAUAACCCCAAACAGACCCAACCGCCAAAUCAACAUACCCAACACCCCACCCUUACCCCGAAACCAUACCGGGUCAACCAGGAAACUUCCACUACGAACUAAUCCAGCUUCUCCCUUACCAAAACGCAAACUGUUUAAUCCAAAUGAACCAGUUUCAAAAGAAAACCUCCCACCACUCCUCCCCACGCCCAAAAAACUGAAACCUCUACCACAGGCAGAACAAGCAAAAUCAUCAAAAACCAAAUCCACACCACAGAAAGGAGAAGCACUAGAAGCUUGUAUGCUAGAUGAUCUAGGCCAUGAUGGGUCUAUGUAUACAUGGUUCAGAAAUCGUAAAUUCCCUGAUACAAUAAAAGUUCGACUGGAUGGAGCAUGUGGAAAUGAUCUCUGGAGACAAAGAUUCCCGGAAACAGAAGUUCUUCACCUUUUCAGCCAUCUUUCUAAUCAUCUACCAAUUUUAGUGGUGCAGCAACCGUGCCAUGGACACUGGAGGAAACAAAAGAAAAAACGACGUUUUAGAUUUGAAUCAUGUUGGAUACGGCGUUCAAACAUAGAAGAGGCCAUCAAAAACUCAUGGACAAAUGAAGACAAUGAUCUCUUGGGAAAAAUCAGCAAUUACGCAAUUGGUUUGGUAAAUUGGGAAAAGAAUUAUCCGAAGGCCAACAGGAAAGAGAUCGAAAACCUCAGAACUAAAGUUGAAAGUAUGCAGAAGGAGUACUAG